CUGGAAGUAGCGCUGUCGAGGUCGCCGCUCUGAACCUCUGUCGCCAUCAUGUAGACUGUCAGCUGAAGCGGCCACGUACCUACUUCCGGUUAGAUUCGGCGGAAGUUCCGGCUGAUUUUUUUUUCCCCCUUCAAUCCGCAUGUUAAAGCCCUUUGAACCUCUGCCCUGUUCGAGGCCGUUUCCGACCACCUCUCUUUGAAGGCCUACGGAUCCAUUAUUGCCUCGUCCAUCCCGAAGCGGAUAAAUGUUUUCUCUGCAGAUGUGUAUUGAGCGCGCAGAUUCCAUUAAAACCUCUUUAAACAGACCUGCGGCCGCUCCAUCGUCUCCAGGUGUGACUGCCUCACACCUCCCGGGGCCCGCAGACGUCUGAAGUCGCUACGCGGCCGCUGCAGUGCCAGUCGGCACUAAUGGCCGCCCCAUUCACACAUCCAGGCAGCAGCACCUUUGAUCGCGGGAGGAUUUAAGUCCAGCGAGCGCGCAGCUCUCAAACUCAGUCAGUGUCUGGAGGUAAAACGUGGAGGAUCAUGUCUGCAGUUAAUGGGAAUAUCCGCGUCGGGGACCUGAAUCAGUUCCAGAUGUAUCACGAAGGGCCCCUGCAGAUGAACGGCAUGGUGAAUUCAGAUUACGGAGCCUCAGAGGUAACGAAAUACUUGAACUCCACAAAUUCUGCUCCGGUUGGAGACAAAUGCGUGGCGAUCCUGACCCAUCGGAGAAAGAGGACCAAUUUUACGCAACAGCAGAUCGAGGUGCUGGAAAAAGUUUACUCGGACACUAAAUAUCCUGACAUCUACCUACGGGAGAGACUGGAGGCUCUGACUGGAUUACCGGAGUCCAGAAUUCAGGUGUGGUUUCAGAACAGAAGGGCCAAGUCUCGUCGCCAAGUUGGCUCGUCCGUUUCCAUGAAAGUGGCCAACACGCCAGCAGCUGGGCCCUUUGCUCAGCUCCAGAGCAGGAUGGGACCAGAAAAAGUUUUUGACAACAGUGCUGAGGUGCAUAGGAUUGGAGGUUUUGGACUAGAGGACAGCUUCAGGCCCGCAAUGCACCAGAACGCUGAGGACGCUCACAGGAACUCGGGCAUCCCAAGUAAACCCAGCAGCUACGACCACACGCCCGUCUCCUGCGUCUACGACAACCCAGAGGGAGUCCGAGUGAAGUCGGAGCAGAUGCAGCGACACAAGCUGAGCGUCGCCGUCCCCGUCCCCGGCCGCAACGUCCACCUCUACCCGAAGGAGAACCAGCACCACCAGAAAGCCAGCAUGGGCGGCGGCCAGGGCGGGAAAGUUCUGGUGGAGUACGACAACUUCCCACCGAACAAAACAAUCGGGCCGGAGAUGAAAGUCGUGAUUCCCCCCAUCCCGACCCAGGGCAGCUUCAACAGGUCAUCGCCGAAGGACAACGGGUGCCAAAUGCAGUACUCACAAGUGAGGGCCGCGGGGGUCAGUCACUUCUCUCCGAUCCAUCCCGCGGAGGACUUUACCGACUCGGAUUCUGACUGGGAAAACGAGGCCAUGGUCGGCUUUGGUGGCUUCAUGUGACGCGACGUUAGAGCGGAUGCAAGAGAAGCACCAUGUAUCAUAAGAGACGUGAACAUACAUUUGUAUUUAUUGUAAUAUAGUAAUGCUGAAUGUUAAUAAUAAAA